GUAUUUCACUUGAACGCAUAUUCUUUUUCUUCUCCUGUCCCGCACACUUUUUUUCUUUUUCUUUUUCUCUUGUCCUCUUUCUUCUCCACUGUAUAACAAAAGAAAAAGAUCAUGUCUUCGUCCAAUACCAAGCCAGAGGGAAACGAUAAGCUUCGUCUUCUCGUGGUCUCCAACCGUCUGCCAGUGACGGUGACCAAGAACCCUGAAACUAAUGACUACGACUUCAAAAUGUCGUCAGGUGGUCUGGUGGCUGCAUUAAGCGGUCUCAAGAAAAUGAUGACAUUUACAUGGAUCGGAUGGCCAGGUCUUGACGUUCCGCAAGAAGAUCGGAAACAUCUAGAAGAAAAGUUAUUGGAUGAAACCUCGACGAUGCCUGUCUUUGUCGAUAACGAUUUGGCGGAUCUCCAUUAUAACGGUUUCUCAAACAGUAUUCUGUGGCCUCUUUUCCAUUACCAUCCCGGUGAAAUCUCGUUCAAUGAAGAAUGGUGGGAGGGUUAUCAGCGCGUCAAUCAAUUGUUCGCCGACGCUAUUGACAAGAUUGUCGAAGACGGUGAUCUUGUUUGGAUCCAGGACUAUCACCUGAUGCUUCUUCCCGCCAUGCUUCGAAAGAAAACCAAGAAGAACAUCAAGAUUGGUUGGUUCUUGCAUACACCUUUCCCCAGCAGUGAAAUCUAUAGAAUCUUGCCCGUGCGCAAAGAAAUUUUGCUCGGUGUUUUAGAGUGUGACCUUCUGGGUUUCCACACGUACGACUAUGCUCGCCAUUUUCUGUCGUCAUGCACGCGUAUUCUCGGACUUUCAACUAUGCCGAAUGGUGUGGAAUUCGAAGGAAGAUAUAUUCAAGUCGGAACUUUCCCCAUCGGUAUUGAUCCCGAAAAGUUCACCGAUGGCCUUAAAGAUUCCAAGAUUCAAGCCCGUAUUGAACAAUUAAAGAGCCGCUUCGGUGACUGCAAACUCAUUGUCGGUGUCGAUCGUCUCGAUUACAUCAAGGGUGUCCCCCAAAAGAUGCAUGCUAUGGAAGUGUUCCUGAGCCAGCAUCCUGAAUGGGUAGGCAAGGUUGUACUUGUGCAACUCGCCAUCCCGUCCCGUGAGGAUGUGGAAGAAUACCAGCAAUUGCGUAGCACCAUCAACGAAUUGGUCGGCCGUAUCAACGGUCAAUAUGGUACCGUGGAAUUUGUGCCUAUUCACUUUAUGCACCGUUCCAUUCCUUUCGAUGAACUGGUGGCUCUGUAUGCUGCUUCGGAUGUGUGCCUUGUCUCUUCUACUCGUGACGGUAUGAACUUGGUGUCUUACGAAUACAUUUCGUCGCAACAAGAGAAGCACGGUGUGUUGAUCCUUUCCGAAUUUGCCGGUGCGGCCCAGUCUUUGAAUGGUUCUAUUAUUGUGAAUCCCUGGAACACCGAAGAAUUGGCCAAUGCUAUUCACGAAGCAGUGACCAUGCCUGCCGAUGUGCGCAAAGCCAACCACCAGAAGCUUUACCGCUACGUGACCAAGUACACGGCCGCCUACUGGGGUGUCAGCUUUGUGAACGAACUGUGUCGUGUCAGCGAUGAAUUUGGUCAACGCGCUUCGAUGCCUCAGUUGGAUGUCAAGGAUGUGAUUCAGAAGGCCAAAGCAUCCCAAAAGAAGAAACUCAUCUUGUUGGACUAUGAUGGUACAUUGACUACCACACACAAGCUUCCCGAAUUUGCCAAACCUUCGGCAACAGUCUUGGAGCACCUCAAGGCGCUUGCUGCUCAGCCCGAUACGUACGUGUACAUCUUGUCUGGACGUGGACGACAACAUUUGGAUGCCUGGUUCGCCUCCACCGGUGUUGGUUUGUCUGCGGAACACGGCUGUUUCUACAAGCAUCCUGCCAGCGUGCGCGAGUCGAUCAAGCCGGCUGCUUCCUCCACGGACGGUAAACUGAUCAAGGAAGAAGAUAAUAACUGGUACUGCUUGGUGGAACAAAUCGAUCCCAGCUGGAAGGAAACCAUUCGUCCUCUGUUCCAACAUUACACGGAACGUACGCCUGGUUCAUUUAUUGAAGAAAAGGAAAUCAACUUGACCUGGCAUUACCGCAAUGCCGAUCCUGAAUUCGGCAGCUGGCAAGCCACCGAAUUGCAAGUGAACUUAGAGAAAUUGUUGAGCCACAUGGCACUAUCGAUUGUGCUCGGUAACAAGACAUUGGAAUUGCGACCUUCGUCUAUUGACAAAUCCACGGCUGUGCGCAACAUCAUCAAGGAUCUCGGUUUGCCCUCCAUUGACUUUAUCCUGUGUGUUGGUGACGGCAAGACGGAUGAGGUGGUCUUCUCCUACCUGAACGACAUCCCUCACGCUAUUACUAGCACGGUCGGAAAGAAGCAAACCGAAGCUCAGACAUAUAUCCCAACGGUCGAUAUGGUCAAUAGUCUGGUGGAAGACCUUGGCAAAUUGUAGAAAAAAGCAACCAACAAAAAAAAAAAACCCUUCCCCUCUUACGCUUGGAAACAUCACACGAAACCACAGCGAGAAAAGAAAUUCAUUACAGAAAGAAAUUCAUUGUUAAAACCCAUUAGUAACUUGUCUGUAUCCAAUAAUCCCACUUAUUAAAUCAUUUUUGUAAAAAUAAUAGGUGAUCAUAUGAACGUGAUGAGAGUUGUAAUUUAUAAAUGAAUUGAAAACGUAUGAUCAGUCAGCUAAAGUAAUAGAAGCGAGCCAAACAAUAAUAAUAAAAAAAGCAAUAAAGAUAGGAGGACAAAAAAAAGGUAAAGAAAAAUAACGUAAAUAUCAUACUUCAAGGAUGCGAUCGAGAAGAAAAAAAAGAGAUAAAGAGGAGGAUCGUGACGAUGGCGGAUACAUAGGGCAACAACCCCAC